AUGUUCUCCCAGCCCAGUUCCCCACGAGAAGAUCCCAACGACCUCAAUCUGCCCGAAUCCAAGGCUCGACGACUGAUGGAGCACCGCCUGAUGCAGAACUGGCACCUUACUGUUCACAACCCCUUCCCGCUGAACCCAGCUCCCUACUGGCGAGAUAUAUGGGUCAAGACAAUGCCCGCGAUGGCCCUCAAGCACGAAAACAUGCUCUUCGGUAUCUGCGCUCUUUCCGCCACCAACAUUCUUCGCUCGGAUCCCGACGACAAAGAGAUAUACACCGCUCGCGAGAGCUACUUCAUCGCCGCCCUCCACGCCCAGCGAGAGGAGGUCGCAACCCUGACCGUCGAGACCGCGGAGGUCGUAUGUUUCGGCGCCCUGCUCAUCUCCAUCACGGCAUUCGCGAUGCUACAGGAACGCAGCCUAUCCCCCUACCAGCCCCCAAUGGACUGGCUGCAAGUCGGCCGCGGCGCCGGGAUCGUCAUCCGGCAGAGCGUCGAGACCAUCCUCACCCUCUCCAAAGAAGCAGACCACCCGGCUCUCAUGAACGCCGCCAACGCGUACCCGUACUUCGGCCGCGACGACACCUACUUCAGCCCGGAGCACCGCGUCAACUUCCAGGGCGUGCUGACGCAGCACCUGCCGUCCGGCGACGACUGGGCCGACGACGAGACGCGCGACGCCUACGAGAAGACCCUGAGUUACGUGGGCAGCAUCCAGAGCGGCAUCAGCCACGGCGAGCCCGUGUACGCCAUCACGAGGCGGGUCCAGGCGUUCCCGCUGCUGAUACCGUCCAAGUACAUCGAGCUUCUGUCCUUCCGGCGGCCCCGUGCGCUGGUAAUACUGGCGCACUUCUUUGCGACUGUCGCGCAGGUACAUAAUGUGUGGUGGCUGGGCGAUGAGCCCUUUAGGGGGGAAGAGACUACUUCAAAGAGGGAGAUCCGUGCUAUCAAGAAUGCUCUGCCGCGGCAAUGGCUGACGACCAUGGUUUGGCCUAUGGAUGUUGUUGGCUUGAAGGACUGA